UGUGCCAUUUGAUUGAGUGAUAUUAGAGUAAAUGAUAUUACAAAGAAUUUGGAUGAUGAGAAUGCAGAUAUGAAGUUUGGAGAUUUAUCAGAUAAAACAGUUACUUUGGAGUGAAAGCAUACUUUUUGAUAUGAAUGUCUAAGACAACACUUCAGCCAUCAAAUCAGACGCAAAGUCCUCCAGAACACUUGCCCCAGCUGUCAUCGCGCUGUCAGUGAAGACCUCGCUCAAACCGUGCUCUCCAGUGCAGACAUCGGCAGACUCCUCAGCUUCAAACGCCAUGAUAUGGUCGACAAAGACACAGACUUGUAUUGGUGUCCACAGCCAGGCUGCAAACUCUACGUAAGAGCUCUGGGCAUCAAGCCUGGGACCACCCACAAAGCCACAUGUGAGUGCGGCCACACGUUCUGCACAGGGUGCCACGAAGCCUGGCACGAAGGCAAGUCCUGCCGCAAGUUCCAGGUGCGGAGGAUGGGGACUCUGGUCAACAACAAAGUGGUCAAGCCUUGCCCCAAGUGCGACACCCUCAUCGAGAAGAACCAGGGCUGCGACCAUAUGACGUGCAGUGUGUGCAAGUACGAGUUCUGGUGGACAACAGGUGAGCGGUACGGGUUAUUCCAGAGGCCACAACUGCAACAGCCAGAAGCAGUGAACGGACGAGAAGUGAUGGGACUGGACAGCUUGGCGUGGGUGUGGGUGGUGCUUCUCUUUCCGGUUCUUCCUUUCUACAUUAUCUGGAUCAUUUUAGGAAAGUUCUCAAAUGAAAACAACUGACAGACAAACUUCUGCAUCUGAAUUGCUCUCUCAAUUUAUCUACUAUUUGCCAUUCUUUGGAUCCCUUUUUGAGUUGCUAUAUAUGCUGUUUACAUUGUGAUCAUAGUAAUAGGAGUGAUAAUAGCAGUCCUAGUAUUAUUGUCAGAUGAUGAUGAUUAA